AUGUCCUACUGGACUGAAGAUCCAGCUAGCGAGCAGGACUUCAUGAAUAUCACGCUGGGUAGUCUGGGUAGUAGGGAUAUCUUAGCACUCGAAGACUUAGACUUGCUUCCUGUGGAUAUCGAUCUGACAGAAGAGCUCAAAGACGCCGAAACAGCUGCGAAGUCGAAUCGAAACGAAAGCGCUACAUCCAAAAACUCCAAACAGAUCACGCAACCAGCUGGCGAUGCAGUGUCGAGGACGUCAAGGAGUGGCAUAAGUGGUGGAAUUACAUGGUUCGAAGACAUGAUGCAAGGAAGUCAGCUAGGUUACAGCGCCACAAAGCGCAAAGGUUACGGCACAUCCGCAGACGGUGCGACAACUAUCAGCUGGGAGGUUUCGGAAUACCAUGAUGGUGAUGAGAAUGAAUCAGGAUCGAAGACAGGCUCCAAGAGGAAGGCAGGCAAUAUAGAAUCAGAUGAUACUGCAAUGAAAGGCUGA